CAGUUCAGUGUCAACAUAACCCUUUUUAAAAUAUAUUUAUGUUUUUUAUUAUAUUUAAAGAUACUAGUGUUCUGAAAAAAUAUCACACAAGCUACGUGUAAUUAUCUUAAAAGUUAUGGACCACAUGACAAAGGAUAUCCUUGUAUUCAUUCCAAAUAAUUUAGAAAAGAAAAAUGGUUAUAUUGAGGGUUUUUACAAGGAUUUCGAAAAUCGUAGAGCAUAUUAUAUAACAACUCCUUAUGUGAAUAAGAAAUGUGAAAAGUUAAUUGGCUACUGUGGUAAAAUUAAUUUAUGCAAAGCAAAACCAAAUACUCUUCACAUAUUUGAUGGAAAAAUUAGUUUCAAUCAUAGUGGCCCAAAAAACGAGUUUGUUAAGAUAUUUUACGACUAUAAUUCCUUUAGAAAGUCGAAUGUUAUUGAAAAUACUUCAGAUGAGUAUGGAUUAAUGUUUCAUGAAUUAAAAUAUUAUUUAAAGAAUGAUAAAACCAAUGGCAAACAAUCAUUUGUGUUUAAACUAAUAGAAUAUUUUUUAUUUAUAAAUAUUAUUGUGAAAAUUUUAGACAAAAUUGAUUUCAUAAUUUCAUAUUCAGCAACACUUAAACAUUUCCAAGAAAGUAUUAAGACUUGUUACUGGUGCAUGAUUGAUAUUAAAAGGAAACAAUGGUCUAUAACAGUGGGAAAUGUUCUGAUUGCAAAAAUCAUAGAUCUCAUAGUUGGAUUGGUUUUAAUGAUUUAUUUAUUCCAUGAACAACAAUAUGUUUAUCAGUGUAUAAAAGUGUCAAGUGAGCAAAUCAUAGAACAACUAAAAGCACUACUGCUGUAUUUGAUGGGAUCACCAAUCGGCUUAAAAUUGAACUAUGCUUUUAACAAAUCACUGGGCACAUUUUUUUUCUAUCACAUAACUUUAUGGAAGGUAUUUUUAAACAGUUUACAUCCACUUUUGAUGAAUUAUUAUCAAUAUUUAAUCAUUCCUGGAGCUUUUGGAUUCACAUUUCAAUUAGCAAUGUUGUCUGACAUCAUCUCUUUAUCAACUUUUCAUGUUUAUUGUAUUUAUGUUUAUGCAGCUAGGAUGUUCCACGUUCAAAUCAUUUGUUUGACUUCUUUGUGGAGAUUAUUUACUGGACGAAAAUUUAAUCCGUUAAGAAACAGAAUCGAUUCGUGCGAAUAUGAACAAAAUCAAUUGUUUAUAGGAACGUUAGGUUUUACUAUUUUCCUAUUUCUAUUACCGACGACAAUGAUGUAUUAUACAGUAUUUGUAACAUUUAGGAUGAUUAUGAUGUUCACAGAAAUAAUUAUUUCACAGUUGCGUUAUGCGUUGAGUGUGCAACCUUUUUAUGGAGUUCUACUGUGGUUAUUUAACUCCCCAUGUGUGGCAGGUUCAAUGAACAUUGAAUGGUUAAAAGUAGAUGAGGAUAACUCGGUUAAUUUGAAAGCGAAACUUGCAAAAUUACCUUUGACAAGUAUAUUAAAACUAGUUCCAACUAUUUCUAGAAAGGAAGAACCAUCCCUGAAAAAUUUGCCAUAUGAUAUUUGUACAGGCGUUAUAUUGUGAUAUACUUUCAGUCAAUUCCGAAAAAAUCAAUAGACAUUUGAUUUUACUUUAUGACUGAAUUAAUAAGACUUAUAAUUAAAUUUAAAUUGAAACCAAUGUUACCUUAUUCUUUUAACUUUAUUUUCUUCUAUAUACUAGAUUACAUAUAUUAAUAAAUAUUUUUGCAUUUCAA